CUUCAUUUGUGGAUCACUGUGUUUCGCUGACAAAGUCUUACUAAUAACUAGUUUUGUAUCCAAGGUUUCGGACUUGGUCCUUAGUUUUAAGAGAGAGUGACUCGACAUGUUUACUGACAGCAAUCCUCUUCUCUUUAUUUCCAAAAACAAUUACCUCAGUUUUAUCCUGAUUUAAUUGAAGGAAAUUCUGGUUCAUCCAAUUUGUUACUUGCUUUAAACAGUGACACAAUGACUGGGGGACAAAUACCUUUUUCAUAGUACUGUAGUCGUCCUCUCCAUUAGGUCUCAUUUUCCUGUGGUGUCUGUGUCGCCCAAGCUAAGAUAAGUAUUGAUCUUCGUUGAGGUGAGAGCAGUCUCAGCAGGUUACUUUUGAAGGCUUACUUUUACACAUUUUUGUUUAUAACUUAUCGUCUUUAAUCAUUUUAUGUUCUGACCCCUCCGUUCUGUUGUAUAUUUUCUCUCAGCCCAAACUCCCACUUGUUCCACGAUCAAGAAAUGAAGGAAGAUCUUCCCUUCUUCCAUUUAAUAUUGUCUGUGUAUAUCUUUGUCAAAGAACUUCUGAAUGUAUAAUCAACUUAGUUUCAGACCACACAGCGGAAUGAGGAACUUUUGAAUUGUUACUGUGCAGUUUUACACAUCAACCACAUCUCACUUCACAUCCUCCAGUUGCAGGUCGUAUUCAUAAGGGAGCGUGUUUGUAAGAGCAUUUAAAGUAGAAAUGAUUCUCAGGAGCUGAAAUGAACUGUUAACAUUCCUAUUUAAUGGUUUAUGUGUUUGUAAAUCCAGGUGAGGGUUCGAUGGCAGGUGUUCUUGUGAACGUGGUGACACUGAGUCUCUUCUUUCUUCCUGGUGCUCUGGCUGCUUGUUCUGAUCCAGUACACCUCCUCAUUACUACACCAAAGAAGAUGAAAGCCCUGGAAGGAUCUUGUUUACAAGUCCCAUGUAACUAUAGAGCUGUGGAUGGAGGAAAUGCUAACUUUGAUAAAACCAAAAAGAUAGUUGGAAUCUGGACGAACCUAGACAGUAAUAUUGACUCCGUCAAUAUUACUGGAAACCUGACUGAACUCAACUGCACCUCUGUGUUCUUUAAUCUGGCCCAAGGUCAGAAAGAGUAUUUCUUCAGGAUUGAGAAUGAUGAAUUCAAGGCAACAGCUGAUUGUGAUGGUCUUCAUAUAACAGUUAAAGAUUCUCCUUGGAACUCAACAAUCACCAUCUCAGGUGAUCUGAAGGAGAAAGAGCGUGUCACUAUAACCUGCUCAGCUGUCACUCCCUGUCCACACUCCCCUCCUGAACUCACCUGGAAUCUCCAACAAGACUCUCACACACAAACAAAGAAAUACAAAGAUGGAACCUUGAAAACUAAAAUCCAGAAGAUCAUCACUCUGUCAGACACACAUGAUGGAUACACCAUCAACUGUUCUGCCACAUAUCCUGUGAAUGGAGGAAAAGAUUUCAAGACAUCACUGACAGUAAAGACUCUCAGUGUGUCAUAUGCUCCUAAGAACACCUCAGCAUCCAUCAGUCCAGCAGGUUUGGUGUCAGCAGGUAGCUGGGUGAACCUGACCUGCUCCAGCAGAGCCAAUCCUCCCGUCAGCAGCUUCACCUGGUUCAAGAAAAGAGAACAUGGAGACAUGAGAGUAGCUGAAGGAGACUUUUACAGCCUGAAUGUAACAGAUGGAGGAGAAUAUUACUGUGUGGCCUCGAAUAAUGUGGGAAAUCAGACAUCCAAUAACAUCCCUAUUAAUGUAAUAGAUUCUCCUUGGAGCCCCACCAUGACCAUCUCAGGUGAUCUGAAGGAGAAUGAGCGUGUCAAUAUAACCUGCUCAGCUGUCACUCCCUGUCCACACUCCCCUCCUGAACUCACCUGGAAUCUCCAACAAGACUCUCACACACAAACAGAGAAAAACAAAGAUGGAACCUUGAAAACUAAAAUCCAGGAGAUCAUCACUCUGUCAGACACACAUGAUGGAUACAACAUCAGCUGUUCUGCCAGAUAUCCUGUGAAUGGAGGAAAACCUUUCAAGACAUCACAGACAGUAAAGACUCUCAGUGUGUCAUAUGCUCCUAAGAACACCUCAGCAUCCAUCAGUCCAGCAGGUUUGGUGUCAGCAGGUAGCUGGGUGAACCUGACCUGCUCCAGCAGAGCCAAUCCUCCCGUCAGCAGCUUCACCUGGUUCAAGAAAAGAGAACAUGGAGACAUGAGAGUAGCUGAAGGAGACUUUUACAGCCUGAAUGUAACAGAUGGAGGAGUUUAUUACUGUGUGGCCAAGAAUAGUGUGGGGAAUCAGACAUCACCAGACAUCCAUCUAAAUGUUGACGGUCUUCCCGGUGGAUUUCUACUCUGGCAGAUUCUUCGAUACAUCAUUGGGUUCAUCUUCCUGGUUGGAUGUGUUUGUGUUGUGAUCUGGUCGAGGAGGACAAAGGACACAAAUUCAACUAUGCAGCAGCUUCAGAUCCUGCCACCCUCAGGCCAUCUACUCAUUCCCCUCACCUGUGCUUCCCCGCCCAUCUCCACACCUGGUUUCCAUGGUCAUCAGUUCCCCUUUAUAUACCGGCCCACUUCCACAUGCCCUCUGCCAGAUUGUCUAGUGUUCAUGUCUAGCUUUCCAGCGUUCCUUAGUCUGUCUGUUUCUGCCUGCCUGCUACUUUGCCUGAUUCACGGUUUUUGGAUUUUUGCCUGCUCCCUUUGGAUUUGUCUGCCUGUCUGCCCGGUUUUUGUCUCCUGCCUACGUUUGAUCUGAUUAAAGCCUUU